CAAUAUUACUCCAUUAUAAUUUUUACUUCGAUAACAAAUCUAAGUUAGUUUAUUUUGAAUUCUUAAAGUUUCCACUUUCUAAUUUUCAUUGCUACUUUUCCUCAUUUUCUAAAAUGAGAAUUUGCUAAGACUCUUUUUAUACAUUUUUAUUUCAAUAACAGAGAUGUAAAAGUCACAUAUUUUUCCUUGUAAGGAAACAAUGCUCCUGAGAAGCGACUUCUUCUCUGCCAGCGGCUCCAUGUGCGACCGGUCGGUUUCCACGGCAAAGACCUCGCAGGCGUUAAGUCAACACAUAAUAGAACCUUCCUAAAUUUAACAAUAUUGCCCCCACAUCACAUGACUUGCCAAAGCCCAUUAUAGCUUUUCCUCUCUUAAAAGGCCUUACUGAAUAACCCAAUGGACCAUAAAAGGCCCACUUCUCGUCUGCGUCAUGUUUAUCUGUUUAAUCCGGCUUUUCGAUUCGUAUCAAACACAGUAUGAAGCUGAAACCUUUCUCCUAAAUCUUGUCUUCGCGUAUCCAUCUUUAUUGAACUUAUCUUCUCCAUGGAAGCUGUGCUUCUCUGCUCAAAGGUUGUCCCUCGAAGGACGCCGUUAGAAGGAAACCGAAAGUUUUCUCUCAGGCAUUUCAACAAACACCUUAAGUGCAACUCUCUCCCUGCUUCUUCCAGAAACACUCCGUUACUCCGAAGCUUCGAGGCGAUUAAGGGUCCGUCUAGCUUGAGAUUUCCUCCAUCCCCAGUGAGAAAAGGUUCGUCCUUUCUGCCCAAAUGCUCGAUUUCCACCUCGACUGUUUCCGGUUCCGACAACCCUCUCCUUAGCAAGUUCCGACAGCUUGUUAAUAAAGUCACUCAUCUCAAAUUAAACCCAUUGGAUGCUGUGAAGUUAACUCUUUUACUGUCAAUUCUCACUCUAGCUGCGAAAAAGGUUGUGACUUUGGCCUUCAACCCAUUCUUCUGGAUGUAUUUCAGCUGGACAUGGCUCUUCUGGCCUUGGUUCAUCGCUUUAGGUCUCGCGGGUUACGGCACUUACUGCUUCCGUAAACAUUGGCUAGGCCAAGCCAACGCCUUUGAGCAGCUUGGUAUCGUAACUUCAGUCUUCACAUGGCUUACACUCGUCCCUCCUGCUUACUUCAACGGCUAUCUCGAAGGCUGGCCUUUUGUCUUCUUCUUGGCUUAUCAUUACUUCUUCUUCUUUAACGUAACCGUGAGGAAACGCCUCUAUGGAGAUUACUACGCUCGCAACCAUGACCCCAAGUGGGAUGUGGACACGCCUCUAUGGUCUCGUGUUUUGUUUGGUGUUGGUGUUGUGGUUGGACAUUGGCUUGCGGCUUUUGAAGGCCCUGAGCUUCACCGUUUACCGGGUGGUUGGGUUAAUGUAGGGAUAUGGGGUUUGAUUGUUGUUACAAUGCUUAUGCAUUACGAUUCAACGUUGUAUCUCGCUAGGUAUUCUGAAAAGGUUGUUGUUCCGACCGAUGUUGUGCAGUUUGGUCCUUAUAGAUGGGUCAGGCAUCCGAUAUAUGCGUCUACGAUGCUUCUUUUCGCGGCGUACUGCACCGCGCUUCGUGCGCCUUUGAGUCUGUUGUUUCUUGUGGGGGUUUGUUUGGUUUACUAUAGCAAAAAGGCGAAGAUGGAGGAGGAGUUGAUGGUGGAGAGUUUCGGGCAAAGGUAUUUGGAUUAUGCUGAUAAGGUUAGGCACAAGUUCAUUCCUUUUGUUUACUAGUGGCGUUAGAGGAACAUGUGUUGUUGUGUCUAAUUAUCUGGUAUCUAUCAGUCAAAGAUGUAUGAAAUGAUGGAUGAUGAGUUGGAUUUUUCCAUUUUUAUGUGAAAUGUUAGGCGUGUGAAAAGGAUAUGCUUAUUAUGCUAUUCAAUUUCAAGAUAUUUGGUCAUCAUUAUUUUAGUUUAUAGUUGCAGCACUUUGGUUUUAAAAGGAUCUGAAACUUGAUUGGCUUUUAAGAAAACCAAACGACCAGACAAAUCAUCUUUGAUUGCUUGUAGCUGUAGUAGCUUAUGGUGCUAAGUUAUUUCC